ACAUACUCGAACACACACACUCUCUCUUUCUCUCUCUAAGCUCUGACCCCAAUUUCUGUGGCGGCUCUCUCUCUACUUAUUUUUCUCUUCUGAGAUUGAGAUUGAGAUUGAGAUUUGGAUCCACCCUCUUCUCCUUCUCCUUUUUCUCUGAUUUGAUCUUUUCCUUCUUCUUCUUUUCAUUGGGUUGGGUUGGGGUCUUCAGCUUCAACUUCAACAACAACAACAGCUAUGGUUACCCAACAACAGCCACAGCCACAGCUUCAGGUCCAGCCCACACCACCCUCUUCGCAAGAUGAGGCCUUGAAGAGGAACACCGAUUGUGUCUACUUCCUUGCAUCUCCUUUGACAUGCAAAAAGGGAAAUGAAUGUGAGUACCGCCAUAGUGAGUAUGCACGUGUUAAUCCUAGGGACUGUCGGUAUUGGUUGAGUGGCAAUUGCUUGAAUCCCAAAUGUCCAUUUCGACAUCCGCCUCUUGAUGGCUUGUUAGGAACACAGGCAACAGCGGCUGGUGGACCAUCUGUACCCCCAUCACAGAUUCCAACAGCAUCUGCAGCACAUGCACCUUAUAAUUCCAGUAAACAAGCUGUCCCUUGCUAUUUCUUCCAAAAGGGGCUUUGCUUAAAAGGUGACCGAUGUGCCUUCUUGCAUGGUCCUCCUGCUCCUACUCCUAGCACUGGUAAUAAAGUAGCUGCUCAGGUUCCAGUGACUAUUCAAGGAGCCGAGAAUCCAAGUUUUAAGAAGCCUUUUGUCAGCAAUGAAAAGUAUACUCAGGAAAGGAAAACUUCCCAAGGAAAUUUUGCAAAGUCAGGUGGAGCUCCUGAAGCUAAACCUUCCCCCAAAAUUGAAACUGCUCCUCAAAGAAAUAUGUUUGAAUUGGAGAAGAAAGUGCCACCACCAUCUGCAGAAUUCAAUAAUGAGGCUUCUAGAUUUAAGACAAUUUCUCCACCAGUGACCAAUGGGCCCAUUGUGGCCCGGUCAAACCGUCUGCACCAAGCUCGUGUGCCAGAUGAUCACAAUUUCCAGAGUGGCAAGGACAGUGAUGAGUUUCUCAGAGAAUCAUCUCCUGGGUUUGAUGUUCUUGUAGCUGAUGAACUUAGGAAUUCUGAUUACUACCAUGGGGAAGAUGAAUUCGGUAAAGCAAGAGGUCAAGAUGAAAGGAACUUAGACUCUUUGAAUGAAUAUGAUUUAGGACAUUCUGGUGAUUAUAGUUUAGCAGCUGAUAUUGAUCGAGAAAGAUUCCGUGGGCCUCAAGGUUAUGAGUCAUAUGAUCACAUGCAGGAGCCAUAUGCUUGGGAGCAGCAUAGGAAGCCCUCAUCCCAUUUAGGCAGGAGGACUCGUCGCAGAUCUGACAGUCCUGAAAAUGCUGAGGUCUCAGAUCUUCGACAUCAUUUAUCCAAGCGCAGGAAGGGUAAUGGUUUGAAGUCGGUUAUCAGUCAUGAUCAUGCCCAUGGGGGCCAUGGUGAGGAACAGAGUCGCCGGUCCUUCUCUCGGAAGGACUCACUUGAGUUACCGCUGAAUGAGAGCUCCCUCGGUAAUCGCUUCCGGGGUAGAAUAAAACUUCCGGAAAAUGGUGACGGUGAUCACCCAGAGAGGGAAGACGGGGGAAGAUUUAGGAACAGAUUGCCUUCUGGAAGGUUGCCAGCCACUCACCAUUUGUCACCUAGAGAGGGAAGGGUCCAUGACAGAAUAAGAGGAAGGUUGCAAGAUGAUGAGAGGAGAAACUCCAAGGAUCGAUUGAUGGGGAGAGAACUACCGGGUGAUAGGAGUGAUUUUGCUGCGCCAAAAAGUCUUUCUGAACUUAAAAAUGGGAGGAACACCGAGAAUAGGGAGCAACAAUCACUGGGAAGGAGAAGAAGUUUAAGGGACGAUCACCCACAAUCUGACGAUGAUUUUCUGUUUGAAGGUCCAAAACCUCUUAGUGAAAUUCUGAAGGAGAAGAGAGGAGCUGGAGCUGAUUCAGACUCUGGGAAUGGCAAAUCAUCUGACAAUAAGAAUGUAGAAGUUACCCAUGGCUCGGAUCCUAUGUCUGUUGCAAACACACAAAAUGGAGUGCUGUCUGAGACCAAGGAAGAUGACAAGAAUCUUCUGCUAAAUAAUGAAGAAUCCAAGCUUGAGGUCACUGAUGCAGCUGGAGGAGACAAUGAUGGUGAAUAUGAGGAGGGAAUAGUGUACAAUGAAUCGGGUGAGGAUCAGUAUUAUGAAGGUGAUGAUCAGAGAGAUGCGGACUAUGGGUAUGAACAAGGUGAAGAGGGAUACUAUGAGUAUGAACAAGGUGAAGAGGGUGAAAAUCAAGAGGAAGAUUACAUGGAAGAAGAAGAUGGGGAUGAUUUUGCUAAGAAGAUUGGUGUCGUUCAUUCAUAAUUAUUAUGGAGAAACUGAGAAACACGGGAACGUGUCCUCCUUAUGAUCAACUCUCAUAUAGGUCUCUUCUCUGACUGAGCAGCAUUUCUGCUUAAAAUUUGCUUGUAGAACUCAGAACUGCUCUAUGAUUAUCAAUUUGUUUUCUUGUAUUAAUUAGUCCUUUUAUUUUUACUGUAUUUUCAUCAAAUUUAAUGGAUAUUUUUGUGAUCAGUGGGGCAUUUUGCUGUGCUCUCCGCAUAUAUAAAUGUCAUGCAGAGUGCAGGCCUUUUUAACCUUGGAAAGUUAAUAAUAGUUGCAUUCACUUGUGAGUUUACUCUAA